UCUCGAUCAUCGUCAAGACCCAACAAAAAGAAAAGUACAGAAUCUAAGGAUCGUCAAUGGCGACGACGUCGGCUCGUAGAGCGUACGGAUUUGGUCGGGCAGAUGAGGCGACUCACCCGGACUCCAUUAGAGCGACCUUGGCCGAGCUCAUCUCCACUUUCGUUUUCGUCUUCGCAGGCGAAGGCUCCAUCCUCGCUCUCGACAAGUUAUAUUGGGACCAUGCUGCUCACUCGGGGACGAACACGCCGGGAGGACUGGUCCUGGUCGCGCUGGCUCAUGCAUUGGCUCUUUUCGCCGCAGUUUCCGCAGCCAUCAACGUCUCGGGAGGCCACGUAAACCCGGCCGUCACUUUCGGGGCACUGGUCGGAGGCCGGAUCUCAGUGAUUCGUGCCGUUUACUAUUGGAUCGCUCAGCUUCUCGGAGCCAUCCUCGCUUGUCUGUUGUUGAGACUCGCAACAAACGGCUUGAGACCGGUGGGGUUUCACGUAACCCAUGGCGUAGGUGAAGUUCAUGGGCUGUUAAUGGAGAUCAUUCUCACAUAUGGUUUGGUUUACACCGUUUACUCGACGGCAAUCGACCCGAAGAGGGGAAGCAUCGGUAUCAUAGCCCCAUUGGCUAUCGGUCUCAUCCUCGGGGCGAAUAUGCUCGUCGGUGGACCAUUCGAAGGGGCUUCGAUGAACCCGGCCCGAGCCUUUGGCCCGGCACUGGUAGGAUGGAGAUGGAAGAACCAUUGGAUCUACUGGGUCGGACCGUUCAUCGGUGGUGGUCUUGCUGGGCUUAUAUACGAGUAUAUGAUCAUUCCGACCGAACCUGUUCAUCACACUACUCACCAGCCUUUGGCUCCCGAGGAUUACUGAGACUUUAUACAUACAAGCGGCAUUGUGUUUUUUCUCCUUUGUUCUUUGUCUGAAUCAAAAUAGCACUUUGCAUAGUCGUCUGUCUCUGGUUUGUGUAAUUAAGUUGGGGUUUGUACCGAUAUACUUACGCUUUUUACAAGAAUAAGAUUCCGAAA